CCUACAGCGAGGCAUUACUGUCACACUAGCAUUGUUCAGCGAUACUAGAGUUGAAGGGAAAGUAGACGGUCGACAGAAAAUUCGCAGAACAUUCUCUCCCAGGACCACUGUCUCUCUGGAGUGUUUCCCGGCCACCGUUUCUAUCAAAAGGCAUUUUCUCCCACAUUGAUCAUCUUCAACUGAGCCUUAGAGGCUACUAUGGCAAUGCAGAUGGGCGAGCCCGAGGGCAUGGUGAAGGUGUCGGAGUGGCAGCAGACCUACUACUCGUCUGACUCGGGCAUCCAGUCCGGCGCCACCACAGUGCGCACAGACGACGAUGGGGGCGAGUACAGCAAGCAGUACACCAUCACCACCACCGUCACCACCGACAACCCAGCAGAGCUGGAGUCUCAGUUAAACAUGACGCGGGCUCAGCGCGUGCGGGCGGCCAUGUUCCCCGAGACGGUGGCGGAGGGCACGACCAUCCUGUCCACACAGACUGAGGGCACCCACAUGACCAACGUGCAGAGGCUGGCUGAGCCCUCCCAGCUGCUCAAGGCCGCCAUCGUCCACCUCAUCAACUACCAGGACGACGCAGAGCUAGCUUCGCGUGCCAUACCCGAGCUCACCAAGCUCCUCAACGACGAUGACCAGGCGGUGGUGGGUAAGGCGGCCCAGAUUGUGAACCAGCUGACGCGUAAGGAGGCGUCUCGGCGGGCGCUCAUGCAGUCGCCCCAGAUGGUGGCAGCGGUGGUGCGCGCCAUGCAGAACACCAGCGACAUGGAGACGGCCCGCGCCACGGCCAGCAUCCUGCACAACCUGUCGCACCAGCGCGAGGGCCUGCUCGCCAUUUUCAAGUCCGGCGGCAUCCCCGCGCUCGUCCGCAUGCUCAGCUCCCCCAUGGAGUCGGUGCUGUUCUAUGCCAUCACUACGCUGCACAACCUGCUGCUGCACCAGGAGGGGGCCAAGAUGGCCGUGCGUCUGGCCGACGGGCUGCAGAGGAUGGUGCCGCUGCUCAAGAAGAGCAACCCCAAGUUCCUGGCCAUCACCACAGACUGCCUGCAGCUCCUCUCCUACGGCAACCAGGAGAGCAAGCUGAUCAUCCUGGCUAACAGCGGCCCUGAGGGUCUGGUCCACAUCAUGAGGAACUACAACUAUGAGAAGCUCCUGUGGACCACCAGCCGCGUGCUCAAAGUGCUCUCCGUCUGCCCCAGCAACAAGCCCGCCAUCGUCGACGCUGGGGGCAUGCAGGCCCUGGGUAAGCACCUGACGGGCUCCAGCCAGAGGCUGAUGCAGAACUGCCUGUGGACGCUCAGAAACCUGUCUGACGCCGCCACCAAGCAGGAGGGCCUGGACAGUCUCCUGAUGGACCUGGUCGGUCUGCUCUCGUCCGACGACAUGCACAUGCUGACGUGCGCCACCGGCGUGCUGUCCAACCUCACGUGCAACAACGGGCGCAACAAGUCCCUGGUGGUGCAGGGCAACGGCGUGGAGGCGCUGAUCCACGCCAUCCUGCGCGCCAGCGAGAAGGAGGACGUGGUGGAGCCGGCCGUCUGCGCCCUGCGCCACCUCACCAGCCGCCACCCGGACGCCGAGCUGGCCCAGAAUGCCGUGCGGCAGCACUACGGCAUCCCCGCCAUCGUCAAGCUGCUCGCUCAGCCCUUCUACUGGCCCAUCAUCAAGGCUGCAGUUGGUCUGGUCCGUAACCUGGCUCUGUGCCCAGCCAAUCAGGCGCCUCUCAGGGACGCAGGGGCCAUCCAGAGACUGAUCAACCUGCUGCUGAAGGCCCAUCAGGACGCCCAGAAGCACGGCUCCACUGCCCAGCAGACGUACCAGGAUGGUGUGAGGAUGGAGGAGAUUGUGGAGGGCUGCACAGGAGCUCUGCACAUCCUGGCCAGAGACCCGACCAACGCUGCCGAUAUCGCGUCCAUGGACACCAUCCCCCUGUUUGUCCAGCUGCUGUACUCCCCAGUGGAUAACGUGAAGCGCGUGGCUGCCGGCGUGCUAUGUGAGCUGGCUGUGGACAAGCGCUCGGCCGAGGUGAUCGACGCCGAGGGAGCCUCCGCCCCUCUUAUGGAGCUCCUGCACUCCAGCAACGAGGGAAUCGCCACCUACGCCGCCGCCGUCCUCUUCCGCAUCUCCGAGGACAAGACUGCCGACUACAGGAAGCGCGUGUCCGUGGAGCUGACCCACUCGCUCUUCAAACACGACCCCGCUGCAUGGGACAUGGCACACAAGAAUGCACAGAUGGACACUGCCUACGCAGCUGACGAGGUGGACGCUGGAUACGGCGGCUAUGGCGGCUAUCCUGAGGGUAUGCCCAUGAAUGGCAUGCACAUGGAGGGCGAGAUGCCCGAGGAUUAUGCCCCAAGCAUGGGCUAUGGCGCCUACACAGAUCAGCCCUACUAACAGACGUGUGAGGGUGAACGGAGAGAUGAGAAGAGCUUGGAGAGAGGGAUGUGCUGAACGAACGAAUGAACGAGGGAGCCGAGAGAGAGAGGGAGAGGAGGAGUGCAGGAUGAAGAAGAACGCCGUUCCCUCAUCUUCACUACUGGCGACUCUGGCGUGGCGCUCUACGCCACUCUGCGCUGCGGACUUUACUUGCCGUCUCACCAAGGCCACCACACACCAAUCCCUCCCCAAGCUCCCCCAACCGAAAUAAUAUCAUUCUUUUACUUUUUAUUUUAUUUUCUCUUCUACGGAAAGAUUGUUGUAUUUUAUAUAAGGGCUUUUAAGGGUGUGCAAUUUUGCUUUUGUUUUUCUUAAUGUUUGUUUUCACUGCGCUUAGGUGAAAAAAUGGGGAACACUACUGUAUGCCAAAGAGAUCUGUGUUUUAUUUUGUAAUAAUUAUAAUAACCAUUUAACUUCUGAUUUUAGUUGACUCUAUCGUUCUGAGAAUUAUUUUAGAAGAAAGAAAAGUGUAAAAGUCAUGUCAAGUCAUGCCAGUCAUGUGACUGAGGACGUGUUGCUGGUCGUAGCCCGUGUUGCUGACCUGCUAGCCUGCCUUGGAUUUAAUGGAACGUUUGAUAGUCUGAAACCUGUACAGACGAGGCUGAUCUGGAGUCAGGUUUUGUUUGUUGGUUUUCUUUUCUUUGGCCUGACACUGCGCUAUCCACCGCCCUCCACUACAUGGUCUUUAGAGUACUACUGCUGCACCUGGUGGUCAGUGACCAAAACUUAACUGGCUAGAACUGGCACAUCAAACUUUUAUGUGUGUGUAGGUGCAUGUAUGAUUCUCUUUGUGUGUGUUUGUUUUGUUUUGUGUGUGUGUGUGUGUGUGUGUGUGUGUGUGUGUGUGUGUAUUCAUUAAAUUUUCAUCUUUGGAGUUGCUUUUCUUAAAAAUGAGUAUAGUAGCACUACAAAUCUGCUGAGUGACAGUAGCGGUCUUAAAAAAAUUGAUGUAAAUGAAAUGAGUUUAUUAUUUGUGACCAUUAACUCGGGCCCGUGACUAGACGCAGGAAGUACAGUACUGUCGGAGGGAAACAUGUGCUCGGGACGUUGACAAGUCAAAAUGGCUACAGGUUUUGAAGAAUCUCAUCUGUAGGAGUGUGUGAGGAAGUGCUUUAGCCCCUGUGAGAGAAGAGGUCAGACACUGGCCAUAGAACAUGGCAGUGUAGACACAUCAAUAAACCAAUUGACAGGGAGGUUUUUUUUGUCUUUCUAGAAUGUUUUUACUUAAUAUUUUUUUGUCAUAAGAAGAAUAAAAUGAACUUGUCUAACAAAA